AUGCAUCGCUUCCUGUUGAAGUCAUCCUUUUCGUCAGCCACGAGAUUGUUCUCCAAGGACUCUCAAAGUUGCAAGACCGAAUUCCUUGACCGGUUCGGAUUGCAGUUUGACGAACUGGAAGGUUGCUUCUAUGCUUACAAGUGCCACUCAAGAUUGCCAUAUGGAGGGCUCACGAACUUGAACAAGAUCAUGGAGCUCUUUGAACAUGGCAACCCUGAAACACAACUGGCUGCUCCUAAUGCUAACAAGCUCGUCCAAAGAUUCUCUGAAGGUGUCCGAGUCAUUCAGAAGAGUCUUGACUUUGCUAGCUUUGGCAGUUAUCGCAGGGGAGAAAGCAAUAGAAAUUCAACCGCUGACAUCAGCAACAUCUCCACAACUGAGAAAUCUGGAAUUCUGGUUCCACUUAAUAGUGGAGAAUCUUUGAGAUCUUACAGGCUCGAUAUAGCAUUUCCGGAUAUUUCUCUCUGGGGCGAUUGCAAGGAGGUUUUUGAAAAAUACAACAGCAAGUUUGAGACUAAAAUUAUUAUUGCACCAACACCCAGUGAUUCUCAAUGUGCUACUGCGAGUUCUACAGUAGUUGAAUCGCACGAUUCUCCUACUCCAGUUACUUCUGAAACCAAAGCUGAGUUUGCUUUAUGUGAACAGGUCUGCCCUUGCGAAUCUGAGUCAACCACUGACUUCACUGAGCCAGGAGCAACGGCAGAGGUCGAGAAAAAUACGCUUUCUGAAGAAGUUUUUCAUUCAGAUGAAGCUUCAUCUGCAGAAGACUCUUUCCUUGACUCGGAAUCAACAGCUAGCUUUAUAGAACAGGAAUCAGCAGAAGCACAGAAUAUUGUUUCUUCUUCUGUGGUGACUCGGUCAGAUGAGUCUUCACAGUCUGAAGUGUCGUCUACAGAAGAAGGUAAUUCGUCUCCGUCGGACUAUCAGCCAAAUACCGAUUCGACCGAACACGAAGAGUCCGCACAAGUCGCAGAUCUUGCUUCUCCUGAAGAGACUGAUCAAUUUCAAGCAUCUUUGUCUUCAUCCUGCGAAGAAUCGACUUGUUCUGAGGAUCUAGAUAGGUCUUACGACUUCGACUGCAGCGACCAAGACGACGGCCCAAUCGUUGGUCGCGAGCUUUCUAUCAAGUUUAAUACUGGUCGGUUGUUCAAUGACCAGGAAGAGUAUGUUGAUGCUGAUACAGGAGUCGAAUACCGCUUCAACCAGUGGGGCGAUCCAGAGGAACUUGUUCCUUACGGAUUCAAGAGACUCUCUUCUCCUUCCAACACCAGAGAGCCAAUGAGGUCUGUAAUCCGAAACUUGGAUCGCAGACCCCAAACCACCGCACAGUAUUCCACUGAUCCUGUCAGUCUUGAAGACCUUCGCAAAGCCAACCUUAGGGCAUGCAAACGUGAAGCUUCAAUCCUAAAUGAUUGUGUUUCUAGUCUGGAAUCCAUUCGUGCUGAUAUUGCAUUGACCAGUACUAGCCCGUAG